AGGGCUGCUUGUUCCCAGAGACCCUCGGAGCUCCAGGACGCCCAGUCUCUCUGCGGCCCCUCACCUGCCUCCUCCUCCUCCUGCUCGGACUCCUAAUGGACCGACAGAGUCCGGCUCCAAAGUGGGGAACGUUAAGUUGAGUAUUGGGAGUUUAGGAACACGAGGCUGAGAACAGAAGAACUUCAGCGUUUCUUCGUCGUCCGGAAACUCGACGAAGAAACUUUUGGGAAAGUCUUUUCAAACGUCGGCCAUCUUUAAACCCACCGAAUGGUUUCCUGGAGUUCUGAAUCGAACCGGCAUCUUCCCGAAAAGGGUUUGGGAGGCUUGUUCCACCUUCAGGUCGGUCGUUUUGUUUGUUAGUUUUUGGACUUUUGGAAUUUUAUUGAAGCUCGGCACCUAAUUCUGCCCACUUGUCGUCUCGUGGACCCGGACCAGUUCUGACUACCGAGUCUCCGCCAUGCUCCGGCCCGUCGGCCUGUGGUUGUGUCUGAGUCUGCUGUUGACGGACGGCGAGAGCGUGGAGCGGCCCGCCGGUCGGGGCGCCGCCCUCCGGCCCGGCGCCGCCCCCCACCGCCCCCUCGCCGAGAUGCUGGAUCUGGACGUGGACCGGAACCGCCGUCUGGCGCGCGGCGCCGACGAGGAGGAGCAGCAGUCCACCUUCGGCCAGUCCUUCGAGAACGACUCGCUGACGGCGCCGCGGGCCACCGAGUUCGCCAACGGGACGGAAGCGGGCGCCGGCGACGAUGUCGGUCGUCGUGGAAACGCCUCGGACCCCCCGGGGCUCUUCAACCCCUUUUACCCGCCGGGGGCCGGGUCGCACGCGGCCUACGGCGUCCUCCUGCUGGCCGGCCUGCUGCUCGCCGUGGGCGUGGUGGGGAACAUGGCGGUCAUGUGCGUCGUCUGGAACAACUACUACAUGAGGUCCGCCUGGAACUACCUGCUGGCCAGCGUUGCAUUCUGGGACUUCCUGGUCCUGGUGCUCUGCCUGCCGGUGGUGGUCCUCAACCAGCUCUCCCAUAGGAGGAUCCUGGGGGACGUCACCUGCCGCAUGGUGCCUUAUAUGGAGGCCGUGUCUCUGGGCAUCACCUCCUUCACGCUGUGCACUCUGGGCAUCGACCGUUUCCUCGCCGCCACCUCCUCCUCCUCCUCCUCCUCCUCCUCCUCCUCCCCGCGGCGGGUGGAGCGCUGCGGCGCCGUGCUGCUGAAGCUGCUGCUGGUGUGGCUGGCGGCCCUGACGCUGUCCAGCCCCGAGCUCUUCCUGUGGCAGCUGACCUCGGGCCGGCCGCGGGACGCCUGCACCGUGACCCCGGCCUCGCCGCUGUCGCUGCUGCUGCCCGACUCGCUGCACUCGCUGCUGCUCAGGUACCACCAGGGCCGCAUGUGGUGGUGCUUCGGCCUCUACUUCUGCCUCCCCGUCCUCUUCACCGUCCUCUGCCAGAUGGCGACCCGCAACGUCAACAGCGACUCUAGCUCCGCCCAGAAGCAGCGCGGCCACGACGACCGCUCAUCCAAUCAGAAGCGGCAGCAGGCGGCGGAGCGGCAGCUGAACGGCUCGCUGCUGGCGCUGGCCGCGGUGUACGGCGUGUGCGCGCUGCCCGAGCACGUCUGCAACAUCACGCUGGCCUACGCCGGCGCCGCCGUGGCCGAGGACACGGCCGCCAUGCUGGCGCUGCUGCACCACUUCCUGCUGUUCCUCAAGUCCUCGGUGACGCCGGUGCUGCUGCUGUGUCUGUGCAAGGCUCUCGGUCAGGCCUUCAUGGACUGCUGCUGCUGCUGCUGUCAGGAGUGUCAGCCAACCAGCGCCCAGGGAUCGCCAAGCUCCGCCCAUGUCAAACUGAAGGCAGCCAAUGAUGCGUCCAUCUUCUUCGAUAAGGCAAAAGACGCGUCGGCCAUCUUGUCCAUCACAAGCUAGAGCCCCUGGUCCCUCUUCAUCCAUCAUCUCCUCCUCCUCCUCCUCUUCUUUGUUGGUUUCUCUUCCAUCAUUAUUCUUCGUUCAGCCAACAGUUUCCUCAACCGUCUCCUCCUCCUCCUCCUCUUCCUCCUCCUCUUACUCCUCUUAAAUCUCGUAGAUUUGUGUCUGACCUUCUAAGAGGUCAAUGACGACCUGCAGAGAGCGAGGCCGCACGCCCCAGUGCAUGAUGGGAAACAGAGAGCUGAUUGGCGCCUAGAGUUGCUGUAGAACAUUAUUAUGUUGUCAUACUUAACGACUGUUGAAUAUUAGUGUUUAAUAUAAAGAUUAUAUUGUUGAUAAUGAUAAUAAAGAUUAUUUAUAUAACACACGUCAA